AUCCGAGAGAGGGAGGAAGAACGCGACAAAACUACACUUCCCAGAAGGCCGGCGGGCUCCGUUCCCCUUGAUUACAAGAUGUCUACCUUCAGCAGAAUGGUAACAUUUAUGAAAACUGCAUGGGGCAAGGAACCAGUGAUUGUAAGCUCCAUUGUCAUUGCAGUUGUGGCUGUAACAUUGCCAUGGGUGAGCCCCUAUGCCCAUUAUUCCACAUUAAUGAAUGAGAACAUGCCAUAUAACUACCCAGUCCCAGUUCGAGAUGAUGGUAAUAUGCCAGAUAUUCCCGCUCAUCCCUGUGACAAGGAAGGUGAUCGGCUUGAGUGGCUGAAGAAAUGAGAAUCAGCAGAGUGAAAGUUACCACUGAAGAGGCAGAUCUCCCCACAAGUUUCCCCUGCCUUGGUUGUAUAUGUGUGUUUUCCCCAGGGGCAAUAAAUUUCCUGUUGUAUCUGAAA